AUGGCAUCAACCAAAAGAUUAACAUUGAGAGUUACAAGGAAAACACCUGAGUUGCUUUGUCCAGCAGUGUCCACACCCAAUGAAUUCAAAUAUCUCUCUGACAUAGAUGACCAGAGCUUCCUCCGAAGUUAUGCUGCAUCAAUAAAUUUCUACAAAAAGAAUCCAUCCAUGGAAGGGAAAGAUCCAGUGAAGAUCAUUCGUGAGGCUAUUGCCAAAGCCUUGGUCUUUUACUACCCGUUGGCCGGGCGGUUGAGGGAACACACUGGUCGGAAGCUCGUGGUCGAAUGCACCGGCCAAGGGGUAAUGUUUGCCGAGGCCGACGCGGAUGCUACGUUGCAGCAUUUCGGAGAGGAUGCCCUUUAUCCACCCUUCCCCAACUUGGACGACAUCUCUCUUGAAAUGCCAAACAACCUUGGAAUAUGGGGUGAUAUUCCACUUAUGUUCAUUCAGGUCACACGGCUAAAAUGUGGGGGAUUUAUCUUUUCAAACAACUUCAAUCACACAGUGUGCGACGGUGUCGGCCUUUCCCAGUUUCUCUCCGCCGUGGGUGAGCUUGCUCGCGGAGCGUCGUCCCCUUCUAUUCGACCGGUUUGGGAACGGCAUCUUCUCAUGGCCCCCCAGCCACCGUGCGUGUCGUUCGCACAUCGUGAAUAUGAUGCAAGUACAAGUGGUGGAACCCUUGUCCCGCUUGAUGUAAUGGAGGAACGCUCCUUCUAUUUCAGCUCCGCUGAAAUCUCCGCCCUGCGCCGCAGCCUGCCGCCGCAUCUCCAGCGCUGCUCAAAAUUCGAGAUCGUGGCAGGCUGCACGUGGCGCUGCCAGACUAUCGCAAUCUCUCCCAAACCCGACGAAGAGAUUAGAUUCUCGGUCUUUAUUGAUAACCGAAAGAUAAUGAAGCCACGGCUUCCAAUCGGGUACUAUGGCAACGUUAUAGUAUUUCCGGUGGUAGUGACUACAGCCGGUGAGUUGUCAAAGAAUCCGCUGCACUACGCGGUGGAGUUGGUGAGGAAGGCAAAACGCGAAGUAGUGACUGAUGAGUACCUGAGAUCAGUGGCGAGUCUAAUGGUGAUGCGAGAUCGCCCUAGUAUGACAGAAGCAAACACUUAUGUGGUGUCGAAUAUGACGCACGUGGGUUUCGAGCAAAUGGAUGUUGGGUGGGGCACGGCAGAAUACGGUGGGAUGUCUAAAGGAAUUUAUAGGCCGACCGGUAAAAUUCAAAUAGCUUGGUACUCUCCCUUUAAGGAUGGUUUCGUGGUUCCGGUUAGCCUACCUCUCGAAUCCAUGAAAGUCUUCGAGAAUAAACUUCAGGUCAUGAUGACUACCGCUCCAAAACCUUCAUCUCUAUGA